CAAACCCUCCCCUUAACCAGGACUCUGAGCCGAAGGAUAACUGGCCCUUCAAUGGACGAAAAAACGUUCCUCGGUCUUAAAACACGACCUAACUUCAUCAUAGAGUCUUAAUUUAAAUACAAACAGAGAAUAUAUUUAUACGAUUUAAUGUGAAGUUUCUCAGUAGUGUCAAACAUGCGUAUAUAUCCACGCAGUCAAAGAAGAGGACCACCGAAAAAGGAGUUAACGUUAUCCCUUUUAUUUUAAAGUCAAGCUUGGUUGUUUAUUAUCGAAGCAUUUUUCUACUUAACUUGCUAGCUAGUGAAAAAUCCUUCGGACAGGGGCUGACAACAGGACGAUCGUCAAUUUGAUUCCUGAAAUUGCCUCAUGUCCUGAGCUAUGGGGGCAUUCCUGGACAAGCCCAAGACAGAGAAGCACAACGCACAUGGCGCAGGCAACGGCCUCCGCUAUGGCUUGAGCAGCAUGCAGGGAUGGCGCGUGGAGAUGGAGGACGCGCACACGUCCGUGGUGGGCCUGCCCCACGGCCUGGACGACUGGUCCUUCUUCGCCGUGUACGACGGGCACGCGGGCUCGCGCGUGGCCAACUACUGCUCCAAGCACCUGCUGGAGCACAUCAUCUCCAGCAGCGAGGACUUUGGGCCGGGCCCCGCCGACGUGGAGGGCGUCAAGAGCGGCAUCCGCUCGGGCUUCCUGAAGAUCGACGAGUACAUGCGCAACUUCACUGACCUGCGCAACGGCAUGGACCGCAGCGGCUCCACGGCGGUGGCCGUGCUGCUGUCGCCCGACCACCUCUACUUCAUCAACUGCGGCGACUCGCGCGCCGUCCUCUGCCGCUCGGGCCAGGUGCGCUUCUCCACGCAGGACCACAAGCCCUGCAAUCCGCUGGAGCGCGAGCGCAUCCAGAACGCCGGCGGCUCGGUCAUGAUCCAGCGCGUAAACGGCUCCCUGGCCGUCUCCCGGGCCCUCGGCGACUACGACUACAAGUGCGUGGACGGCAAGGGGCCCACCGAGCAGCUGGUCUCGCCCGAGCCGGAGGUGUACGAGAUCGCGCGGUCCACCGACGAGGACGAGUUUGUGGUGCUGGCUUGCGACGGCAUCUGGGAUGUCAUGAGCAACGAGGAGCUGUGCGAGUUUGUGCACUCACGUCUGGAGGUAUGCGACGACUUGGAGAAGGUCUGCAACACAGUGGUGGACACCUGCCUACACAAGGGAAGUCGAGACAACAUGAGUGUGGUGUUGGUGUGUUUGCCCAACGCACCUAAAGUGUCUGAGGAGGCUUUGAGGAAGGAUGCAGAGCUGGACAGCUUCCUGGAGUCUCGAGUGGAAGAUCUCAUGGAAAAGUCUGGAGAAGAAGGUGUCCCAACCAUGGCUCACAUCAUGCACCACCUUGCCAAAGAGAGCAUCCCAAAUUUACCACCAGGAGGUGGUCUCGCCAGCAAACGUAGUGUGAUCGAGGCAGUAUACAACAGGCUCAACCCACAGAGAGAGGAGGACGAGGAUGGCGCGGGGGGCUCGGACGAAGAGUCCUCGCGGGCCGCAGCGGCCGCCCACCUCCUGGAGGCGCUGCGGCAGUUCCGCCUCAACCACCGCGGCGAGUACCGGCACGUGCUGGAGGAGGCGCUGGCCAGCUACCGCACGCCGGGCUCCAGCUCGUCCCAGCCGCUGCCCACCUCCUCCUCCUCGUCCUCGUCCUCGUCCUGCCCCAACGACGACCGAGAGGGAGAAGAGGACGAGAACAUGCUCCGCUCCCCGCCCCCCUCCCCGGCCUCCGAGGAGUCCUCCGAGGAAGAGCAGAAGCCUCAGCCAGACGAGCCUGACAAACCCACUGCAUGACCUCCACAGUCCUGUGGACACACGCACACACACACACACACACAACCCCACACUUACAGACAUACACUCCAUCUUGCUCCUCCUCCACCUGAUGUUUAGACUCAGCCCCCCCCCCCCCCCCCCUCCCACCUCUGUAGAGAGUGGUAUGACCAGAGCUGAUGACCGACUGUGAGUUCUUUUGUUAUUAGCAUCAGUGGUUAGUCUCCCUGCAGGGAGCUCACAGACAGUCUGGGGCCAAAGACCUCUCCCUCUGUUCCAACUAUGACUGUAUUACACGACAUGGUCACUGCUCAACACAGUUUACAGCACUGUAUCUCCAGUUACCACACUCUACCACUCACACUUUCCAAUAGCACAGUCUACAGCUUUAGCAAUAUUCCAAGGCUACUAUCAUUUUUAGCAGUCUGCAAUGCUAAAUCACCAGCUAGCACGGGCCACAACCUAGACAACUGCCUCACAAAUUCCUUGCAGGUUGUACAAUCUACAAACUCCGAGGCCUCAGUUCAAUUAGCUCAGUCCAAAGUUUGAACACUAUCGUAGUUCACAGUCUAAAUAGAAGUCGGCACAGACUAAACACUCUCCUGUUGGCAGAGUCCGCAGUCUAAACAUUUGCCCUUUAUCAGCGCACACCAUAAACUUGCUCUUUACAAUACAGGAUUCAGCAUAAACCCCCACACCCUACCUUUCACGGUGUACUGCUUACACACGCUCCAGCUGACGGCCUGUAUCCCCUGAGUAAGCAUAGUCCACACUCUUAUCUCUUCCUAGUUGCAGCUAAGCUCUCCAGCAGUGGUGUACGGAUUGACAUGUGCAUCUACCCCCAAUAGAGCGGGGCGGUUAGGGCUCUCCUCCUGCAUGGGCUUUCUGCCAGGCGUGUUAGCAGUGCAUUCAGGGUUGGGCCGUUGUGGAUGUUGGGUGAGGAUGAGACGAGGGGGGCGUCAGUAGAUUCAGUCUUUCCCAGUGUUGAUGCAUGCAAUAAACAUAUGGGACUUGUAUUUCUGAGAGAGCGAGAGAGAGUGUGUGUGUGUGUGUGUGUGUGUGUGUGUGUGUGUGUGUGUGUGUGUGUGUUUUGUGUCAGUGAUCCGAUGCUUAGUGUUAUGUGCUUUUUGAUUGUUUAUUUGUUUAUGUUUGUUUGGGAGGGGGUUGACGUGGUGGUAAAGGAUAGACAUUUGAGAGAUGUGUGAUGUGUUUUUAUUAAUGUGUAUACGAAAAUGGACUACGGUCUCAAAUAUGCUGACUGUAGAGUAUCAUAAAUCCCUUGAUAGAGGAUCCAAAAAAAAAGAAGCACAAUCAAAAAUGUAUUAGCACUUAACCUGAGAUCACCUGACAAGGCAAGUCCAGGAACCUUCUGUGAGCUGUUGCACAUCCAUCAUAUUAAUAUGAUGCCUAGAAACAAACUGCAGUUUGACUUAAGUGCUCUCGGGCUCGCCCUGCACUAACGGCUGUCCCAGCCUGGAAUGUGUGUGUUAUCUUGCGUAAAUUUGCACUCAUGCUCAGACCAGUGUGUAACCAAGGAGCUUUAAUGCAUCUGUUAGUAGAGACGGCAGUUUUGUUUUGGGGUUUUUGGUUUGUUAUGAUUUGUGGUGCAUCUUUGAAGAUGUUUUUUUUAUGACAGACAUGUCUGCUCUCAUGAAGAAUAUUCCAUCUGCUCUUCUUGUCGGCAUCAAUAGCUCUGUCUUGCCUCAGGACUGUGGAGCUUUGCAUCCUCUCAAAGAACAUAUCCUGCACAAAUCAUGUUAUUAUCAAAAGAGUCACUUCACCUUGGUUUGUUUUUGGUUUUUACACGAACGCAUUUGGGGGCAGACUGAAGGGGUUGAGGUCAGAAUGCAAAGUAUACAUGUAUUUUGUUGCUGUUUACCAGAAAGGUUUACAAAUAAAUCUUGUUGGACUAUA